AUGGAGCGGGUGGCGCUGCUCCGCACCUCCGGCCGCCGCCUCCUCCAGCGCUGCGGCAGGCCCAGGCCCCUCGUGCCCGCCGCCUCCUCCUCCGCGCCGCGUCGCCGGUUGACCUCCUCCUCGUCGGCGGCGUCGUCCUGCUCCUCCUCGUCGCGCGGCGGCUCGUCCUGCCUCCUGGCCGCGGCCGCGCCGCUGCACCUGCACGCCGCGGGGCGGUACUGGCCGCUCACCGCGCCCGGCUUCGCGAGGCGCCUCUCCGUCCCCGCCGUCUCCACCUCGCCCUCCCCUGUGCCCAGUGCAGACACCGAUGAUGUCCAUGAGUAUGCGGCAAAGCUAGGCUUCGAAAAGGUAUCUGAACAAGUCAUAGACGAGUGCAAAUCAGCUGCUGUUCUCUACAAGCACAAGAAGACAGGCGCAGAAGUGAUGUCCGUGGCAAACGAUGAUGAGAAUAAAGUGUUCGGCAUUGUAUUCCGUACCCCUCCGAAAAAUUCGACUGGCAUACCUCACAUUCUUGAGCAUAGUGUUCUCUGUGGAUCAAGAAAGUACCCUUUGAAAGAGCCAUUUGUUGAGCUCUUAAAGGGUAGUCUGCAUACUUUCCUGAAUGCGUUCACCUAUCCGGAUCGGACGUGUUAUCCAGUUGCAUCAACAAACACCAAGGAUUUCUAUAACUUGGUUGAUGUAUACCUUGAUGCUGUAUUUUUCCCUAAGUGUGUUGAGGACUUCCAAACAUUUCAACAGGAAGGUUGGCAUUAUGAGCUUAACAGCCCCGAAGAAGAGAUAUCCUACAAAGGUGUUGUCUUCAACGAGAUGAAAGGAGUCUACUCUCAACCUGAUAACAUAAUGGGCCGUGUGUCUCAACAGGCACUUUCUCCUGAUAACACGUAUGGUGUGGAUAGUGGUGGGGACCCAAAUGAUAUCCCAAAGCUUACUUUCGAAGAAUUCAAGGAGUUCCACAGUAAGUUUUACCAUCCGAGCAAUGCUAGGAUCUGGUUCUACGGUGAUGAUGACACAAAAGAGCGACUACAAAUUCUAAGUGAAUACCUUGACCUGUUUGAAGCCAGCCCUGCUCGUAAUGAAUCAAAGGUUAUGCCUCAGAAACUUUUCAAAGAGCCAGUGAGGAUUGCAGAGAAGUAUCCUGCUGGCCAAGAAGGUGAUUUGAAAAAGAAAUAUAUGGUUUGCACCAACUGGCUGUUGUCAGAGGAGCCACUGGACGUAGAGACAGAGCUUGCACUUGGUUUCCUGGAUCACCUGUUGCUGGGCACUCCCGCUUCACCACUUAGAAGAAUUCUUCUUGAAAGUGGUUUAGGAGAGGCUAUUGUGGGAGGUGGUGUUGAGGAUGAGCUUCUUCAACCCCAAUUCAGUAUAGGCUUGAAAGGUGUAUCUGAGGAUAACAUUGAGAAAGUUGAAGAGCUGGUUAUGCAAAUUUUGAAGAAUUUGGCAGAGGAGGGAUUUGCACCAGAAGCAGUGGAAGCAUCUAUGAACACGAUCGAAUUCUCUCUCAGGGAGAAUAACACGGGAUCAUUUCCUCGAGGGUUGUCAUUAAUGCUUCGUUCAAUGGGAAAAUGGAUAUAUGAUAUGGACCCUUUCGAGCCUCUGAAAUAUGAACAGCCAUUGCAGCAACUCAAAGCACGCAUUUCAGAGAAGGGAUCCAAAGCAGUAUUCUCCCCGCUCAUCGAAAAAUAUAUUUUAAACAAUGUGCAUCGUGUCACAGUUGAAAUGCAGCCUGAUCCAGAGAAAGCUUCACGUGAUGAAGCCGCUGAGAAAGAAAUUUUAAAACAAGUAAAGUCUAGCAUGACUCAGGAGGAUCUUGCCGAGUUGGCACGUGCUACAAAGGAGCUGAAGGACAAACAAGAGACUCCAGAUCCUCCAGAAGCUCUGAAAGCUGUUCCUAGCCUGUCGCUACAAGAUAUCCCUAAAAAGCCUAUUCAUGUACCAAUAGAGGUGGGGGAGAUAAACGGUGUCAAGGUCUUGCAACAUGAUCUCUUCACCAAUGAUGUAGUUUACUCCGAAGUUGUAUUUGAUAUGGGUUCUAUGAAGAAAGAACAUCUACAACUGUUGCCUUUGUUCUGCCAAUCCUUACUGGAGAUGGGCACGAAAGACAUGGACUUCGUGCAGCUUAAUCAGUUGAUUGGGAGAAAAACUGGAGGCAUAUCAGUUUACCCAUUAACAUCUUCAAUAAAGGGAACAGAUGAUCCUCUUACUCGUAUUGUCGUUCGGGGAAAAGCAAUGUCAACGCGAGUAGAAGAUUUGUUUCACCUGAUGAACUGUCUUCUUCAAGAUGUUCAGUUCACAGAACAACAGAGGUUCAAGCAGUUUGUUUCCCAAAGUAAAGCAAGAAUGGAGAAUCGAUUGAGGGGUAGUGGCCACGGUAUAGCAGCUGCCAGAAUGGAUGCCAAGUUAAAUGCAGCUGGAUGGAUUUCAGAACAAAUGGGUGGUGUUAGUUAUCUUGAGUAUUUACGAGACCUGGAGACGAGGAUUGAUCAAGAUUGGGACAGAAUAUCUGCAUCACUCGAGGAAAUGAGGAAGUCUCUAUUUUCUAAGGAAGGUUGCUUGAUAAACAUAACCAGCGACUCAAAAAAUCUUGAAAAAUCUGGUCAACAUAUUGCCAAAUUUCUUGAUGCACUGCCAAGUGCCCCAUCCCUGGGAAGUGAUCCAUGGCUCUCUCGACUGCCUUCUGUUAAUGAAGCCAUUGUUAUCCCUACACAGGUUAAUUAUGUUGGAAAAGCUGGAAACCUAUACCAAAGUGGAUACCAGCUUAAUGGAAGUGCCUAUGUCAUAUCCAAGCACAUAAGCAACACAUGGUUAUGGGACCGCGUUCGAGUUAGUGGUGGCGCAUAUGGAGGGUUUUGUGAAUUUGACACUCAUUCAGGGGUCUUUUCCUAUUUGUCAUACCGUGAUCCGAACUUGCUGAAAACACUAGAUGUCUAUGAUGGGACUGCAAAGUUCCUCAGAGAACUAGAGGUAGAUGAUGAUGCUCUCACAAAAGCUAUUAUUGGAACCAUAGGGGAUGUUGAUUCCUACCAGCUACCAGAUGCUAAAGGUUACAGCAGUCUGAUGCGGUAUUUGUUGGGAAUCACUGAGGAGGAACGCCAGCAAAGGCGCGAAGAGAUACUCGCAACCAGCGUGAAGGAUUUCAAGGAGUUUGCCGAUGCUGUCGAAAUGAUCAAUGACAAUGGGGUUGUGGUGGCCGUAGCAUCGCCUGACGACGUCGAGGCAGCAAACAAAGAGAAGUCGUUAUUUUCAGACAUCAAAAAGUGCCUGUGA